CGGCGCCGGCAGGGGGCGCGCUGCCGCCGGCCCCGCUCCGCCCCGCUCCGCCCCACUCCGCUCGGUGCCGCGGGGUGCUCGGUGUCGCGGAGACGGCGCAGGACAAAAGGCGCGGCGGCGGCGGCGGCGGCGGCGGCGGGGCGAUGGGCGGCGGGGCGGCGCCAUGAGGCGGCGGCGGCGGCGGCGGCGGCUGGGAGCAUGGCGGCGGGCGGCGGGGCGCGGCGGGGGCUGCUGAAGCGGAAGCCGAACUUCACGCUGCAGGAGAUCGACAUCCUGAUGAGCGAGGUGCUCAAGUACGAGCAGCUGCUCUUCGGCGCCGCCGCCAGCACCGUCAACGCCUACGAGAAGCAGAAGAUCUGGUGGCGCAUCACCAACAAGAUCAACGCCGCCGGCCGCAACCAGCGCGACAUCGGCGAGGUGAAGAACCGCUGGCGGGGGCUGCGCCGCCGCGCCAACGACAAGAUCACCCGGCACCGGCAGGAGCGGCAGGGACCGGCCGCCCGGCCCGCCCGGCCCGGCAACGGCAGCGGCAACGGGCCCGGCCCGCCCGAGCUCGGCCCCGGGCCCGCCCCCGGCUGGGGAGCGCGGGGCGCCGCCGGCACCGGCCCGCCGCUGCUCAGCGUCGAGGUGGUGGCGCCGCACGGUGGGUGCGGGGGGAGGCACCGGGGCACCGGGCAGGGCGUCAAGGAGGAGGCGGUGAAGGAGGAGCCGGUGGAGGUGAAGACUGAGCCUUUCCACAGCCCGGCCGCCGACAGCAUCCCCGGCCGUGGUGCUGAGCGCCGGCUGCCCCGCACCAGCGUCCGCCCGCCCAGCGAGCUGUGCGAGGGCUGGAGCCGCAGCCCCCCGCGCCCUGCGCCCCCCGAACUCUCCCUCGGCGACUUGGGUGGGCAGCAGGAGCCGUUGGGCUCCGACUUCCCGAGCAUCCUCUUCGAGCAAGAGGCCGAGAAUCUCAAUAACUGCGGUACGGGCGAACCGGGCCCCCCCGGUACGGCGGGGCUGUCGGACGGGGCACCUGACUGCGCCCAGCUCACGCCGGCCGAAAAACGCAUCGUCCAGUCCAACGAGCGGCUGGUGCAGGAGAUGCAAGCUUUCCGACGGGAAUACGCCGAGAGCCGCCGGGAGACCACCUCCGUCCUGCGCGUCAUCGCCCAGGCACUGGGCGGCCUCAGCCGCAGCCUGGCCGAAAUCCGUGACCUCUACCUCCGGGAGCAGGCGGCCCCCAAACCCUGAGCCCCCACGCAGCUGGCUGCGUGCACCCGUGGCCGGCGGGGACCGCCCUGGGGACAGCUUCCCCCCCAGCCCCCAGCACCCACCUUGCUGCUUUUAUUAUUUUUAUUAUUAUUUUUUUCCCCUCCAUCCCACUUCAAUAAAACUCAGAGCUGCCCCCCGGCUCCCCCCUC